AUGAUCUCUUUGCUACGGAUCCUGCCAGCUUUUUUGUUUGCGACUUGCCUUUUCAAGGAGGCCCUGUCCACCCCAAUCCGAUCGAAGAAUGUCGAUUUUCGGACAGAAUCUCUCCGUCCUUCAAUUCAGCCUCGCCAGCAAGACUGGGGUAAGGUUGCCUCUGAGAUCCGAGACGACACAGCACUCAUCGACCUCCUCAACGACAUUGGUAUUUGUGACGAACCUCCUCAACUUCUAGGUGUCAAUACCUUUGCGAAUGUGAUGUUGCAAAAGGGAUAUACGAGUCAAGUUCCUUUUGUAUUCUAUACCUCUGGUAUGGGGCGCCUUGCAGAGGAAUGGGCGCCGAAGUUUUUCCAAGAUCCCAAUCGCAAGGCGCCACUACGCGAGUGGAAGUAUGCUAUAUGGGACCGCAUAUCAAGCAAAUUGCCCUUUUCCUUGUUUGAAAGAAUGAUUCGAUUGAAAUCUGCUGUGCAGACAAAGCUCCAAGAUUCCGAUCAUAGGUCCAUCCUUUCAUUCUGGACCUCAGAUAUUGCACAGAAAAACGAAGUGCAAGCCAUUGCGGAAACAAUCAAGGGGGAUGCCUAUCUUGUUAUCCCUUCUGAACAGAAUCCGAGCAACGAUGUGAAUGGAUGGGACCCGGAUACUGCGUGGGGAGGUACGUGA